AUGAGGGAUAUGCUCAAAGUGAAACGGCUCUCGAAAGAUCGGAGGUAAGUGUAGGCGAGCUAAAAUCUGUGUUUGACGACACUUAAACCGAGCAAAACCCAUAAAAAAUCUUCUUUUCAUAAAGCUCCGUCUUCCGUAAAGUAAAGUUCCCACUGAAUUAGUUUCAAUGGACUUUCCCACAAUCUUUACUCUUGAAUUUGAUAUUUCUUACUCAAUCUCACGUUUCUCACACCUUUCUUUCUACCUAAACUUUCGAGAAAGUCAAAAACAUCAACUACAUGUAUUCUUUUUUCUUUUCGUGUUUGCUAUGUAUGAAAAUGUGUAGUAUUCAUAGAAUUUGAAACUUUAUUGGGUCCAUUCUCGUAGACUAUUAACAGAAAUAGUUUUUUUGGUUGAUCUCCGACAUACUUGGACACAAAUGAAGAAUUCAGCAUAAUCCGCGGGAGAAAAUUAUUCGCAAAAUCCGGAAAACAAACUAUUGGGAGUGCGCUUCUUAGGCUUAGCAUUUUGAAGUUUAUUAUUUUAGGGUCACAGCCAAACUUAUCAAAAAUCGAUCCGACCCGGAUUCAAAAUGUUUGAAAAAUGACAGGUUUCGUCUCAACCUUAAACUGAUGCUUGAUCAGUGCUCUUUCAAGUUUUAAUGAACUUUUUCACCAAACCAAACAAAAAGUCCAUGAUAGUCGUUUCACUGCAAUUCCCGGAGGUCUAAUAAGUAUCUUCACCCUUCAACACUUCUCGCCCUUUCUUCCACCAAACUAAACUUCGACUUUCUUCCUUCGAAACAAAAGACGCACUAUUUCUGUACAUUCUUCUUGUUCUUCUUCAUCUUAUUCCCGCUUCGUCUUCCACCGGAUUGUGUAUGUACAUGUUUAAUCGGUAUGGGGCGAAGAGCCCCUCGGGCCCGUGGUGAAGAAACUGAUGGACCCGAAAAGCCAUAUUCUCUCUUCUCGCCUGAAUGCAUCGAAAUCUGUGAUGAGCUGGCUGACGACAACGGAAAGAAGAGUGAGUAGCUGCGUGCGUACACCUGAAACGAGGCAGUGUCAAGAAAAGAAUACGUGCGCCCCACCCUAGUAUUCUGGUGUUGUUAUUCUUUCUCUUCAUUCCAUUCCUUGACGCCUCCUGGUCUUGUUCCUGUUCGUGCUCAAGUUGGAAAGAGAGAAGAAACGAAUUCUAAUAUUAUUAUUCGAUAUUAUUCGGUUCUGACUAAAACGUACGUCAAGGAAUCGCACAGGCCGUAUUAUUCAAUCAACGAGUUAAUCGAGCCACCCCGCCUCCUUCUCCAUCUCCUCCACUCUCAGCGCCUUCACCCAACGCCCUCGCAUACUAAUUUGGCACUCAAGUUGUGCUAACGAAACCAACCACGUCUGCCGAUAUCAAGUGCCGACGCCAAGACUUCUACUUUUUUGCCAAGCGUCUCAUUCCUCAUUUCCAUAUCCGCACCGCCACUACACUCGGCCAACUGAUUCACGAUACUGGCUGAACAAUUCAAGGCGAAGCAAGAAGGUGCGGCUGCUGAAAACACUAAUUAUUCAUCUGGACGUCAACAGAAGAGCGGAAAAGAAGGGAGGAAGAAAGUUUCGACGGACAAACAAUUACCAAAUCGGCACUUCCUCUAUAAAAGCCAUGAAGCGGCUCAUCAAAUGAACACAAUUGUUCGACAGCCCACUAUUGUCCGAUUCCUACUCCUAUGAACCAACACCACCACCGCCCAGCCAGUCGUACUAUCCCUAACUCUAUUCCUAAUCAUGCUCACCACGUCGUCACCAACUUCUUUCUUCCGAACUGUUCGCAAGUCUUUCCGAAGGUAUCUAACUUUCUGCCUCAUUUCCCGUCUUGUUUUGAUGCGUAAUAACAGGAUGCCACGUUGUAAUCAUAAGGAAAAACAUGAGCAAAAACAAAUGCUCGAGCGGAAUUGCGUACCCAUCAUUCUAAUGUUACGUUUUUCAGGCAUCGCAGUGUUCGAAAACGCGGCAUGGCUCACGCAAGCUCGGGGAUCAAUCUGGAAGUGAGUAGGGGGGCUGCAAACAUGCAAGGAAAGGGCACAAAUGCCUUGAGGCUAAAAUAACGGAACACAUUCUCAGUUAUAAACUUCAAUUUGACCUUACUCAGAAAAACUGAAAACGUUUGAGUGAGAAAACACAUUGAUAUAUGAAUUGAUAGGAAGGCGCAAUUAAGAGAGAGCCAUCUCGUGAGACGACGGGUCUCGUCGACUUCUCGUGUCCUUUGAUUUAUUUGUGUCUCAUUGGACGCCAUUUGUUGUAAUUUUAGCUGCCUGAGAGCGCACGCCUCACCUACCUCACACCACCUUCGCUGAUAAAACUGACAUGACCCUUUUCGUUCUGAAUUUCUUUGGAUUGGAUUAGUUUUUGCGAACUCUUACUGGAAAUUACCUCAGAACAAAAAACAGAAAGGAAUCGUUUUUUUUUUUGUUGAAAAUUUGGCUUAAUUCUGGUAUCCCGAUCCCAAAAAUAGGACUUCCACGACUUUCUAUGAUACCAUUUUGGACCCGAUUGGUGUAAACCCAAAUUAAGGGACUCGGAAACCGGAAUUUUAAAACUGUUUUACUUUUUUUCAUAUUGUAUAGAAAAAACGCUAUUUUUUAGGUAUUUUUCUGAGAAGUUAGUUAUCCUUAAGAAUUCGAACAAAGAAACAAAAAGUGCAUUCACCUCGUUCCUCUCCAUAACCAUUUUCUUUCACUUUUGCGCGUCUCCUAAUUAGAUUCAUGUUCUCUUCUUGUGCGGAUGCGCACAAUUGAACACACAUUCUUCAAUUCUUCUCACUUUUUUUGUUUAGGAAGUUAGAGUUACCAUCGCUUUUGGUGGACUUGGAAAAGUAUGCAUAUGCAUUUUUUGCCUACGCUUCCUCCCGAAUUUUUUUGCUAGUGGGCGCCGUGAAGAAAGAACAAUUUUUCUAUCCCGACCGAAAUAAAAAGUAUAUGCCGUAAACGUACUUCAAUUCAAAGUGAAACAUACCGAAGGGAUAGGGCGGAUAUUGCCUACUCGAGAUAGGAUUACGAGUGCUCCCUGGGUGGACCGCCACACGUCCAUAUAAUUAAACUGCACUUUUUACUUUGGUUGUCACCCACUUGCUUCCUAUUUUAGUCCCUCUCUCUCUCUCUCUUCAACUUCUUGUUCAUCUCGUUAGGCCAGGAGAGCAGCUGGAUUCGCCCGGACUCUUUUCUUCCUCAAUAGCCUGAUGAGUCGGUUGUCGUCCAAAAAUUUAAAACAUGUUACACACAUUGUAUCCUUCUUGUCUUGUCUUGUCCCUGUGUCCGAUCAACCAAUGCGGUGAAGUGACAACUGCCUUUUCCACCGAAAAUAUGUUUCAAACCAGACUUGUCAAAAAAGAGACCCGGCCCGGCUUGGCACGUGGAUCCGGUUGACCUGUGUUCAAAAAAAUGACCAGAGUUCUCUAGUUUUAUAACAUUUUUAGCCAACACACUCUCUGGUCCUUUGUUCUGUUCCGUUUCACGAUUCACGGUUCAUCGCCCUCAAAGAACAGUUCAAAGUUUUGGUGGACGACUUUUUGGAACAUGCGUGUACUCUCGAAUUCUCACAUCCAUCCUAUCGCAAAUUCAUGUUUCAUUCGCACCAACUUUUCGUACACCUUUUACUUCAAAAAUUUCACAAACAUGAUGUUGUUUGUCUACGAGUGGUUUUGAUAUUAAUUUGAACAAAAGAAUUUGGAAUUUGGAAUUAUUAUUAUUUCACCCUCAGAAAUCUGUUCCCACCCCCCGAUGUAUACUUUUCCGUAACUUGACACUGGUUUGUUCUCAUUUCAUUUCAAUUCUCUCCGGAAACACCAUUGUUCAAUGAUGCCUAUAGGAUGGAGCGAAAUUCGGGCGACGAGAAGCGAGUGAUGCACAAGAUGAGCGCCACCGAACGCCGUCAACGCAUCAUGCGUCGCAUCCACACUUUGCAAUCCGAAGACACCGGAUAUAGUAAUGAAGGAGACUCGCGGCGGAGCAGCACCGCUUCUGUGAAGGACGAAACGUCGGCACCGCAAUCCGCCUCAAUUAAUCCAAACUUGUUGUUUGUGCCAGAUAUUAGAUCGCUGGGACUGGAUCGCGGUGAAGUGCCACCGCAUAAAAGGGUGCGUCUCCUUGCUCCUCCUGCCCUCCCUUUUCCCCUUCUUUGACACCCUGCCCUCCCUUUUCUUUUCCACUUUUUUCUGCUCAUCCACUUUCAAGCUCGCAUCUGAUUUUGAGAUGAAAAUUCACAAAACUGCGAUGAUAUUCACCAGAAAGGUAGUUUUUGAUGCGUUGAGAAACGAAAACACAACAUAGAAAACCGAACAAAACGACUGAUUUUGUUGUGUUUCCUUAUUUCAAAUCGAACGUCUUGACAAAUUUUAUUUGCUAGAAAUGAAUAGAAAAACAGGACUAGAAAUGUCUAGUUGUCUUUGAAUAAGUAUUUGCAAAAAAUGCUCCGACCCUGUAAGUUUGAAGAUAAAAACAUUUUCUUUUGUAAACUAAGAUCCUAUUUUCAGGAUGCUAUUGAAAAAAUCCCGAUGCGCGCCCGAUCUCAAAGUUGGCUAAUUCGUACCAGACACCUACUACACGAGGAAAGAGUAAGUCCCCAUCCUGUCACUUUCACACACACACCAGUCAUGAGAUUUCUCAUUUACUUUCAACAUAUUAAAAAAGCGAAAAAAAAACUUUUAUACUGCAGGAGCCGCCGCCGCUCAUCUCGCAUAUGAUGCUCAUCUUCUCCUUUCUUCUCAUCCUUCUCUCCUUCCCAUGGUGUCUAUUCUUUUGUGUAAAAGUUGUGAAGUAAGCGAAAGAGAGAAUAAUAAUUGGGAGGAAUGGAAUUUCCAGAGAGUACCAAAGAGCAGUCAUCUUCCGGUUGGGUAGGCUCAUUAAAGGAGGCACCAAAGGACCAGGAUUGUUUUUUGUGCUUCCGUGCAUUGAUACGAUGAAAAUAGUGGAUCUUCGAGUGUUGUCCUUCGACGUUCCUCCUCAAGAAAUCCUGAGUAGAGAUUCAGUUACCGUUUCUGUGGAAGCGGUUAUCUACUUCCGAGUCUCCAAUCCAGUCAUCUCUGUAACCAAUGUCAAUGACGCCCAGUUCAGUACCCGUCUUUUGGCUCAAACCACACUCAGAAACGUUCUGGGUACCAAGACUCUCAGUGAAAUGCUCAGUGAACGCGAUGCUAUUGCUAGUGUAAGUUUGUCUUUCUCCCAUUCCAAAUCUUCGGUGUUCUAGAUCUCUGAAAAAGUGCUGGAUGAAGGCACCGACCCGUGGGGCGUCAAAGUGGAGAGGGUCGAGAUCAAGGACAUCCGUCUGCCCCAUCAACUCAUGAGAAGUAUGGCGGCGGAGGCUGAAGCCGUGAGAAGAGCACGUGCUGCUAUCAUCGCCGCCCAAGGAGAGAAGGAUGCAAGCGCGUAAGUUCAUUUGCCCAUCCCGCUCCUGUCCUAUUACCCGUUUUUCACUUGAAGAUGCCUUCAAAGUGCCGCCGAUACCAUUGCGCAGAAUAAGAUGACAAUUCAAUUGAGAUAUUUGCAAACUUUGGUGAAAAUUUCAGCUGAAAGGUAAGUGUUUGGGGGAAGACAGCUGAAAAUUAAUCGUUUUAUUUCAGAAACAACACAAUCGUGUUGCCGUAUCCGAUAGAAGUGGCCAAGCACUUCUUGAAGAAGUUCCACAAACAAUAA